AUGAGAUGCUCAGCCAAGAGAAAAUGCAGCCAUGAUGGAUUGCAGUUGUUGGGGGAGCUUGGGGCAGCAUGCCGGCAGUUUGCACGGCCGCUGGAGAGCAUACGCGCAGAGCUGGCCCGUGCAGUGUUCAGCGGCUACUACACAUCAGACGACGGCUCCCUGCAGCUCAAGCAGCUGCCCUACUUUGCCGUGGUGCAUCGCCUGGAGACCGAGAAAGAGCACCUGCUGCGUGAGGCAGAAGGGCUCCGCGCGGCAAUGCAGAAGAGCAAGGCGGAAAAUGAAACAGUUGAGGCGAAGGUGGAGGAGGCAGAGAUUCAGAUUGAGCAGAUGCGCAAGGAUGAGAGUGCUGCGGCGGCACGAGCCAGCUCAGCAGCGCAGGCUGCCAAGGAUGCACAGGUUGAGGCGGCUGCUGCUAAGGAGGAGAUGAAGGCAUCACGCAGGGACCUCCUGAAGCUGCGCAACGAGGACAACGCCCUGCGCGCCCUGUUCAGCCUCACCCGCACCAAGCUGGAGCAGCAGGCAGCCUCCUCCGAGCAGCAGAUCGCAGAACUGGAGGCCCGGAUCGCAGCCAUGCAAUCCUCAGCAGCUGCGGAAGCCGAGGCCGCUCGGGAGCAGAUAAAGAGCCUGGGCUCGCAGCUGCAAGCCGCCCUCGACAGGCUGGAAGCUGCCAGGAAGCAGGCGGAUGCGCUGGCCGAGCGGCACUCGGCGCAGCUCGCGGAGCAGAGGCAUGAAGCUGCCGCGCAGCUGCGCGCCUGCGAGGCGCAGCUGGGGGUGGCAGCUGCGCUGCUGCUGCCUGACAUACCGGUAGCAGGUCCCAUAACUCUGCGUGUGGCUGUGACUCCCAUGUGCAGCUACGUCAGCGGGCUUGGCUUGCAUGCGCACGUGCCAAGGUUCCUGCGGUGGGCUGGGAACCUUGCACUGCAUGACAUCAGCAGGGAGGACUUCCUGUCACAGAUCAGCAGCAUCUGGUCAGCCAAGGCUGAUCUUGAGGGCAGGCAGGGCGCGCUGAUCAGCCUGCAGGCCUUCCUCCACCAGAAAUUCUGGAGUUCAGCAGAGCAGGAGCAACUCAGCCAAAGUGCAACGGCUGGAGAGGGCAGCACACCAGCUGCAAUUCCAGCCUCUAUCCUCAGCUCACACCAUGCACGUGCUGCUCAGGUGAAGGCCACACUUGAUGCCAAGUGA